CCAAAUCUACCGAGAGUAUGGGGGAUUUUGGAUUUUGAUCUUUUUCUGCAAUUUUCAAUCGAGUUUCUUCAUUUUCAUGUUCUGCAUUUUUGGCCUGCAACCUCUCAGGAAGUUGGUUCCAGUUAUAGGGCAAAGAGCUGUUUUGGGACUAUCCGGUUAUGUGAUCAACAACAUUGCCUUUGUCUUUGCAGCGGUUUACUUUUAUCAAUAUUCGGAGAGUUUGUAUGCUCUAUUUUCAAUUGGAGGAUUGUAUCACUUGAUAUCUGGGAGAAAUAAUAUUGUCAUUCUUUGGUUUGCUCUUUCUGGAUUUGCAAGGUACAAUGGAGUGAUCAAUGCAGGUUACAUCUGUUUCCAAACUAUGCAUCGGACAUAUAAUGUUGUACUUAGAAAGAGUACUUUUCCUCCCCCGUCUGAGUUUUCUUUUUCUGCUUCAGCCAUUCUUCAGCCUAGAUUCUUCAGCCUUCUUGCCGGCCGAGCUCUUCCGUUCUUCUCGCCGGAUUCGUUUUCUCCGGUUUCCUUCUCGCCUAACUUGCGCCGUUGGGGCUCCUCCGGUUUCCUCCGUUCUUCCCGUUCUCGUCUCAGCCUCUUCUCACCAAGGUAUGGCUCCUCUCACUGA